AGCAUUGGUGAGCAGUAUUACAGAGAUGCCAUGGAGCAGUGCCACAAUUACAAUGCACGUUUGUGUGCAGAGCGUAGUGUUCGACUGCCGUUCUUGGAUUCCCAAACUGGGGUGGCUCAGAGCAACUGUUAUAUAUGGAUGGAGAAAAGGCACAGAGGUCCAGGUACAGCUCCUGGGCAGCUUUAUACGUAUCCAUCUCGGCGGUGGCGCAAGAGGCGGAGGGCGCACCCUCCUGAGGACCCAAGGCUUACAUUCCCUUCUCUGAAGCCAGACUCAGAGCAGAUUCUGAAGAAAGAAGGGCUCAUUCCACAAGAUGGUAGCAGCCUAGAAGCCCUCCUGCGAGCAGAACCCAUUGAGAAGAGAAUUGUCCCUGACGCUCGAGAUGAUGACAGUCUUUCAGAGUUCCCAUCUGUUGCUGGCCGAGCACGGAAGCGAAUUCUGGAGCCUGAUGAUUUUUUGGAUGACCUGGAUGAUGAAGAUUAUGAAGAAGAUACUCCAAAAAGACGUGGGAAGGGUAAAGCCAAAGGAAAAGGUUUAGGUGGUGCCAGGAAGAAGUUGGAUGCAGCUGCAUUGGAUGACAGAGACAAGCCAUACGCCUGUGACAUUUCUCUUUUACUUCUUCUUUUUUUUUUUUUUUCCCCAUCAGUCUGUGGAAAGCGGUACAAGAACCGGCCUGGUUUGAGCUAUCACUAUGCACAUUCUCAUUUGGUUGAUGAAGAGGGUGCAGGAGCAGAGGACAAGGAGGAUUCUCAGCCACCUACCCCUAUUAUGCAUAGACCUGAGGAGCAGAAAUCUAAAAAGGGUCCAGAUGGUCUAGCAUUACCCAACAAUUACUGUGACUUUUGCCUCGGAGAUUCAAAGAUCAACAAGAAGACAAACCAGGCGGAAGAGCUGGUGUCUUGCUCAGACUGCGGUCGCUCUGGACAUCCUUCCUGUUUGCAGUUUACUCCAGUGAUGAUGGCUGCAGUGAAGACUUAUCGUUGGCAGUGCAUUGAGUGUAAAUGCUGCAACAUCUGUGGGACAUCUGAGAAUGAUGAUCAGUUGCUAUUCUGUGAUGAUUGUGACCGUGGAUACCAUAUGUAUUGCCUCUCUCCACCAAUGGCUGAGCCUCCUGAGGGAAGUUGGAGUUGUCAUUUGUGUCUCGAUCUGCUAAAAGACAAGGCUUCAAUUUACCAGAAUCAAAACUCCUGACAGAUCCAUAAAAACAAUCAAUACAAGGCGCAGGCUGCAGAGAAGACCCCAUGGAAUUGAUUACUGAACACCUUAUGGGGGAGGGUUUUUUUUUUCCCUUAAUUCUAUAACCAGUAUGCUAUGAGUGUGAACAUACACACAUUCGUAUGAACAAUGUGUUAUUUGGCAGUUCUUAUUCAU